UCAUACUACACAAGUGUAUUUUCGAAUCUAUAUUAUUAUUCUCUCAAAAUGUGUUCUUUUACAGUAUUAUCUUUAAUUAUGUCCAUAUGAUAUAACUUUAACUUAUAAUGUAGCAUGUGAUCUCCUUUGUGAAUCACACCGAGAUAAUGAGGUUUUGUAAUAAUUUUUCUUUAAAAAUUAACAACAGCACUAUCUAGAAAAAAACAACCAAAAUUUCUAUAAAUUUCGUCGCUUCGAAGUUAUUGUUCAUCGAAUAACUUUAGUUGCUAUUUUUUCCCAUCUGACAAAUUUCAAAAAUCUGAAACCGAGGCGCCAAUUUUAGGCGUAACUGAGCAAUCACAAAAAAAGGAAAUAAGAGAGAGGAGAGAGAUUCUAGCCCAAACAAAAAUUAGAGAAGAGGGAGAAAAAGAAAAACAGAGAGAUUGUCUUCUUCAAAUCUCCGAUUAUCUAGUUAAACCCGAUUUCGUGAUUCAGCGGUAAUGGGAGGUAGUAGCGGCGGCGGAGCUUCUUACCGAAGCGGCGGCGAAUCGGACGCGGAAUUAGAGGAUUAUGAGGUGGAUGAUUUCAGAGAAGGGAUUGUAGAAUCGCAAGGAAACAGGUUCAACCCCCUCAGCAAUUUCUUAGGGUUAGACUUCGCCGGCGGUAGCGGCGGAAAGUUCACCGUCAUUAAUGGAAUCAGAGAUAUCUCCAGAGGCUCCAUUGUUCAUCCAGAUAACCGGUGGUACAAGGCGUGGACGAUGUUCAUAACGAUAUGGGCACUUUACUCUUCCUUCUUCACUCCAUUGGAAUUCGGAUUCUUCAGAGGAUUACCAGAAAAUCUGUUCAUCCUCGACAUUGUGGGCCAAAUCGCUUUCUUAGUCGAUAUUGUGUUAACAUUCUUCGUAGCAUAUAGAGAUAGCAGAACUUACAGAAUGGUCUAUAGACGCAGCUCAAUCGCUUUACGAUACUUAAAAUCAACAUUUACUAUUGAUCUACUUGCUUGCAUGCCAUGGGAUAUCAUCUACAAGGCUGCAGGAGGAAAAGAAGAAGUGAGAUACCUACUGUUGAUAAGGCUAUACCGAGUUCGUAGAGUAAUCCUGUUUUUCCACAAGAUGGAGAAAGAUAUAAGAAUCAAUUACCUUUUCACGAGAAUCGUCAAGCUUAUAUUCGUCGAGCUCUACUGCACCCACACGGCGGCUUGUAUCUUCUAUUACUUGGCCACGACGCUACCUGCUUCUCAAGAAGGGUACACUUGGAUUGGAAGCUUGAAACUGGGAGAUUACAGUUACUCCAAGUUUAGGGAUAUCGAUCUCUGGACUCGGUACACCACUUCUAUGUACUUCGCAGUCGUCACUAUGGCAACUGUUGGUUAUGGAGAUAUACACGCGGUUAAUAUGCGGGAAAUGGUAUUCGCGAUGGUCUACAUUUCAUUCGACAUGAUUCUAGGCGCUUACUUGAUCGGUAACAUGACAGCUCUGAUUGUAAAAGGUUCAAAAACAGAGAGGUUUCGGGAUAAAAUGGCGGAUAUUAUGCGGUAUAUGAACCGAAACAAACUAGGUCGAAACAUACGUGGUCAGAUCACUGGACAUCUCCGGUUGCAGUACGAGAGCAGCUACACCGAGGCGGCUGUUCUUCAAGACAUACCUGUCUCCAUCCGUGCUAAGAUUGCACAAACUUUAUACUUGCCUUACAUUGAGAAAGUCCCUCUCUUUCGCGGGUGCUCAUCUGAAUUCAUCAACCAGAUUGUUAUAAGACUUCAUGAAGAGUUCUUUCUCCCUGGAGAAGUUAUAAUGGAGCAAGGAAGCGUUGUUGAUCAACUCUACUUCGUUUGUCACGGUGUACUGGAAGAGAUAGGUAUAGCUAAGGAUGGAUCUGAGGAAAUAGUGGCACUUCUUCAACCGGAUCAUUCCUUUGGAGAGAUUUCAAUCCUCUGCAACAUUCCUCAGCCUUACACAGUUCGAGUUUCCGAGCUAUGUCGGAUUCUAAGGCUUGAUAAACAAUCUUUUAUGAACAUCCUCGAGAUCUAUUUCCACGAUGGACGUAGGAUCCUCAACAAUCUUCUUGAAGGGAAAGAAUCUAAUGUCAGGAUUAAGCAAUUGGAAUCAGAUAUAACGUUUCAUAUCAGUAAACAAGAAGCAGAGCUGGCUUUGAAGCUGAAUAGCUCUGCUUUCUACGGUGAUCUUUAUCAGCUUAAGAGCUUGAUCCGAGCUGGAGCUGACCCGAAUAAGACAGAUUAUGACGGAAGAUCGCCUUUGCAUCUUGCAGCUUCUAGAGGAUAUGAAGACAUUACACUAUACCUUAUUCAAGAAUCAGUAGACAUAAAUAUCAAAGAUAAACUAGGGAACACGCCGUUACUUGAAGCAAUCAAGAACGGGAAUGACCGUGUUGCGGCGUUGCUUGUGAAAGAAGGAGCUACGUUGAGCAUAGAGAACGCAGGGACUUUCCUUUGCACGGUGGUUGCGAAAGGAGACAGCGAUUUCCUGAAACGGCUUCUCAAUAACGGAAUUGAUCCUAACUCCAAAGAUUAUGAUCACAGGACACCUCUUCAUGUCGCUUCUUCUGAAGGAUUGUACCUCUUGGCAAUGCAGUUGGUAGAAGCAAGUGCUAACGUUCUUGCCAAAGACAGAUGGGGAAAUACUCCUUUAGAUGAAGCCUUGGGUAGUGGGAACAAGAUGUUGAUAAAAUUACUUGAAGACGCUAAAAGUUCUCAGAUUUCUUCGUUUCCGAGUAGCUCCAAAGAGCUUAAAGAUAAAGUCAAUAAGAAGAAAUGUACAGUGUAUUCUUCACAUCCGAAUGAUGCGAAAGAGAAAAGAAGACGCGGGAUUGUAUUGUGGGUGCCUCGAAGCAUCGAGGAGCUUGUAAGAACUGCAGCGGAACAGCUGAAUGUUCCAGAGGCUUCUUGUGUAUUAUCUGAAGAUGAAGGUAAAAUUAUUGAUGUAGAUUUGAUAAAUGAUGGACAAAAGCUGUAUUUGACUGUUGAAACAUAAUGAUUCAAACCUCCAAAUUUCAAAAAACAGAGUAUUUAGAAACAGAGUAACUACAAAAGAAAUUUCAAAAACAGAGUAACUACAAAAAGAAUUAUGUUGUGUAUUGUUUGUUGGAUUAAAACGAUUUCUUCACGUUCUUCAAAUGCAUCGAAGAAUCGACACAGUUUGUUUUCUCCAUCUCGUUUCUACAGCGGUUUAAAUUCCGCAACAGCUCGCUCGCUUUCUCCUUAGUCUUCUCCUCGCAGCCGACUUGUAAAAGCACUAAAAGUUUCUCAAAGGCACCAACUUGAAGAGCUUCAACUAACAGACGAUCUUCAUCUUCUCCGUUUUUCCUCCAUAGCUUCCAAAGAAUCGAGACUGAGCAUUGCGUUGCCAGAUCUGAAACCCGUAGAAUCUUUUUCACUAGAAGAGGAACGAUCAACGCGUUUCUAAGAACAUCCUCUCUGCCUUGCUCGUUGUCGCAGAUGACGUUGAGAACAACGAGACAUCUCUCGCAAACGCUCUUUUCCACGUUGUUCACAAUCAUCUCUGUUGUGAUCAAUCCGACCAAACCCAAAUUCACGAAUCUUGCAGCGACCUUGUUGUCACACGAAACCGCUCUAUAAAUCGCCAUUAGAGAUGCUUUCGUCGAGCUCGUCGAAACAGAGUCUUUGAUAAUCUUAACUAAUCCUUCACAUGCUCCUUCGAUAUCUGUUAGCGCAUACACAUACCUCUUGUCUACUGCAAUAACCUCUCUGAUAUAAAACGCAGCGUUUUGCCUCGUCUUAGCGUCUGCAGCGUUCAAAAACCGUACGAGACAGCUAAGCGAAGCCGCUGAUCCCAUCUUCGAGACACCCUCUGAUCGACUCAGCGGCAAGCAAGAAGAGAGCACAGACAAGACUUCCUCCAGCAAAAGCGCGUGUUUCUCAGACGCUGAAGCGAAUCUUUGGAAACAAGAAGACAGCGCUGAAACGACGCCGUUUUGGACCAAGCAUUUCUUGUUCGUCUCUCCUCCUCCUCCUCUUCCCAAUUUCUUGAUUUUACUCACAAUCUCGAAACACUCAGCAUUUUCCUCUCGCGCCACCGCGUUUUCCAGUCCCUGGCAUAUCUCCGCCGCAUCACGCGGGGUCAACGGCACUCGCGGUGACUGAACCCGCUCGACUCUUGAUGAUCGGAGUUGAGCCGGGAUCUUGGUUUCCGCGACGCUUAUAUCGCCGGAAGUCAGUUGAUUACGUCUUUUUGUUGCUCCUCCUCUUGUUAUCCAUGGUAACACCAUAGUUUCUUUUUCUUUUGUUUGGUUUCCUAGAAAAUCUUGAAGUAGUUUUAGAUUAUUCGAUAAAACUGAAACAGGAGAGGAGGGGUUGUGGGAUUGUAUAAAUAUAUUUUUGUUUACGUGUUUGUAUCUAUGUAUGCAUGUAUGUGGUUGGUUUUGUAUAUAUAUACAUAUAAAGAGAGAUCGAGG